AUGGCCAGCCUGCGACGGGCAGCCUUCGACAUUGGCUCGGGCGCCACCAAGCUCGUGAUUGCCGAUGUCACCGAAGGCAGUAUUCAGGAGCUCUUCGCAAGAGAAGUUCCAGUGCCUUUUGCGGUGGACUGGAAGCAGUCUUCUGAUGGGAACUUGAGCAGCGCCAUCCAGGAGCAGGGUGUCUCCGUGCUGCGGAGCUUGCUGCAAGAGUGCGAUGACCGAUCGGUGGCAGUCCAUGCACGUGUCGCUGUUGCGACAGAGGUGUUCCGAAAGGCCGGCAAUGGGAAAGCUUACCUUGAGCGUGUCUUCGCUGAGCUGGCCCUGCCAGUUAGAGUGUUGACGCAGGAUGAGGAAGCAGAGCUGGGCUUUCGAACUGCAGCGGCCCUCGCGGGAAGCGGGGACGGCACCAUCUGUUGGGACUCCGGAGGCGCCAGCUUCCAGAUUACCACCCGCUCCUCUUCCGGCGCUCUGGAGGCUUACCUGGGAAGCUUGGGCACCGGCGUGGUCACAUCCAUGCUGGUGGAAAUCCAGGGUUGCAGCUUUGCCGAGACUCCUUCACCCAAUCCCGUGAGAGCAGAGCACGCAGAGCAACUGCUACUGGAUCUGAAGCGAACGCUUCCCGCUACACCCAGCUGGCUGCGGCACGGCAACGUCGCAGCGAUCGGUGGUCCAAAUUCCAUGUUCUGUGUGGCCUGCGAGGCUUUGGGCAUGGGCUUGUCGAAACAGUCCGAAGAAGCUUCUGCAGAAGGCGAGAGCAGCUCGUGCCACUUCACCAUCACUGCCCAGGCGAUCCGUGACGUUUUGCUGGAUGUGAUCGGAAAAUCAGACGACGAGCUGUUGCAAUACGCAUUUUGUCAAGGACAGCUGCGGGAGCCUCCCGCUUUUAUUCUUCCCAAGCUCAUCCUCCUUCUCGCUGUCAUGGAGCAUUGUGAGAUGGAGAAAGUCUUCUUCUACAAAACCAUAGGGUCAUGCCCAGGCAUGCUCAUCAGCGACGAGAUGUUUGCCAAGCCGGCUGCCGCUUCCUAG